AUGUCAUCCUCCACGGGCAAUGGAUGGGCUCAGCUUCGUCAACAAACAAGAACCUUAGAGUCUCAGACAGAAGGGUAUUUCCACAAAUACUCCCAGUUCUCGCAGGCUACCGCCAUCCCCCCGAAGCCUACGGAAGAUGAGAAACAGACCGAGGCAACCAUCCAGGACUUGCUUGAAAAGCGAGAAGCACUGAUCACGCAACUGACCCGCCUCCUCGACUCCGAAUCCCCCCUCACCACCUCCGCCCUAAAAUCCAACAACCUCACCCGCCACCGUGAAAUCCUCCUCGACCACCGGCGCGAACUCGUCCGCUUGAAGGCCAGCAUAACCGACGCCCGUCAACGUGCCAAUCUGCUCUCGAACGUACGCUCCGACAUCUCCGCCUACCGGAAUUCGAACCCCGCGGACGCCGAAGCAGACUACAUGCUCGAUGAGCGGAACAGGAUCGAUAGGAGUCAUACCGUCGCGGACGGGGUGCUGAGCCAGGCGUAUGCGAUCAACGAGAGUUUUGGCACGCAGAGGGAGACGUUGGCGAGUGUUAAUAGGAGGAUCGUGGGGGCUGCUAGUCAGGUACCGGGGCUUAAUAGUUUGAUUGGGAGGAUUGGGGCGAAGAAGAGGAGGGAUGGGAUUAUAUUAGGGAGUUUCAUUGCGUUUUGUUGUCUGUUGCUGUUCUUUUUAAUGUGA